AUGCUCGGCGCGGCUGCUGCUCCUGACGACAAGGCGGGCAACCUUGCGAAACAGGUCCCUGUAUGCAUUGGCGCCCGUCUGAUGCUGACGUCCAACCUCUGGCAACAAGUUGGCCUUUGCAAUGGCGCUCGCGGAGCAGUGUACCACAUUGCCUGGGCGCCUGGAGCUGACCCCAUCCAAGACCAACCGGUCCAACCCUGUGUUAUCAUGAUGGAGUUUGACAAGUAUAGCGGACCGGUACUCCUGACCACCGCCGAUGGCAGGAAGUCUAUUCCGGCGAGGAAUUCGAAGAGCGAAUUCGGCGCCGGCCGACAACAACGCAGCCUCGAGCACGCCCAAUACAGCAAAAAUUCGGUGCCGAGCCUGUAUUACGUCUUCCUGUGCCGUCUAUCUCUGCAGACUACAUUGAUCAAAUGGGCGGCGUUGAUAUUGGUGACCAACUAA